UCGGCCUCACUAGGAAAAAAACUCAGAAAGGCUGCCAGAAGCGCAGUUGAUAGAGAAAAUGCGUCUCUCUCUUCCUUCCCUCCCCCCCAACCCCAUGUCUUCUUAGAAGGAGAGGGGUGUAUUUCAGUUGCAGGCUGCUUUAGGCCAAGUUUAUAGAAAGUAAAUAAGAUUACUUGUUGAUGGUUUCCCUUUUCUCAGCCAUCUCCACCUGCAGGUGAAUUGAAUUUUGAGCCUCUUGUAGAACUAAUGAACAAUUUCGCUAUCCUCGAUUUAUGGCUCUUGGAACUUCAAGAUUUGGAUGUUUAUGCAAUUUGAGACCAGUCAGCACUGUGCGGAGUUCAGAGUACUAAGAGACAGACAGAGUAAAAUGGCUUCCAGAGGAAAGACAGAAACAAGCAAAUUAAAGCAGAAUUUAGAAGAACAGUUGGAUAGACUAAUGCAGCAAUUACAGGAUCUGGAGGAAUGCAGAGAGGAGCUUGAUGCAGAUGAGUAUGAAGAAACCAAGAAGGAAACUCUGGAGCAACUAAGUGAAUUUAAUGAUUCACUGAAGAAAAUUAUGUCUGGGAAUAUGACUUUGGUAGAUGAACUAAGUGGGAUGCAACUGGCUAUCCAGGCAGCUAUUAGCCAGGCCUUUAAAACCCCAGAGGUCAUCAGAUUAUUUGCAAAGAAACAACCAGGUCAGCUUCGGACACGGUUAGCAGAGAUGGAUAGAGAUCUCAUGGUAGGCAAGCUGGAAAGAGACCUGUAUACUCAACAGAAAGUGGAGAUACUAACAGCUCUCAGGAAACUAGGAGAGAAGCUAACUGCAGAUGAUGAAGCUUUCUUGUCAGCAAAUGCAGGUGCUAUACUCAGCCAGUUUGAGAAAGUCUCUACAGACCUUGGCUCUGGAGACAAAGUUCUUGCUUUGGCAAGUUUUGAGGUUGAAAAAACAAAAAAAUAACAUGGUGUGGAAGCUUGGACACUGAUCACAUUCUUGAUGUACACGGUGUUCUGGGGAUUUUGAGUCAUUGCAAAGAAAUGAAGAGAUGCUUGAAAUGCACUAAUAACCUAAGGAAAGGUGAUAGAAAAACAUACUCAUUGCUUCUGUUUAUGCCCUUCAAUGCUGUGCUUUGUGUAGUGUUACCUGCUUGAGUGAUCCUGGAUUUGUUGGGAUGAGGGGACUCACUGGACCUUAUUCAUUAUGAUGUAUAAUUUUAGGAGAGAACAGAGAACAGUUUCUUUGCCUGUUUUUAUUAAGGCUCCUUGUUUUCAAGUGCUGAUAGUAAAUGAAACGAUGUGAACUAAUAAUUCUUUUCUGUUCAUAAUUUAUUCCCACUUAUAGUGAAUAGUGUAGCAUCAUCAAUAGGCCUCAUAUGUGUUCAUAAAUUUUGGAGUUCUAAGUGAUCUUACAAAUCAUUUUCAUUUUGCAAAGAAACUGAGGCUUAGAAAGAGCAAAUGACGUGCUCUUAUGUAGCAUUAGAAAUAAAGCUGGGGAUGAGAUUUGGGUGUCCUGACUCUCAGUGUAGUAGCCAUUGAGUUUUAUUUCUUUAUUCUGUGUUGUUUUUUAAAAGCAGUUAACAUAUAUUUGUUAAAUCUGUGUUUAUGAAAAUUCGAUGUCCCAGUAGAAAGUUGUCACUAAGGGACCAUUUCCCAGCCUGUAAAUUCUCCAUAUGAAUGGGGCCCAUUGUAACUCUAAGUUUGAGCUUCUAACAAUGGGAGCCCUGUUGAGAGUCUCCUGAAGUAACUUAACCUCCUGCGUUGUUUCACCAGGGAAGCAAUUGGAAGUGGCAGCUAGAGGUCCUCCCUAUGUGUGACCACUUUGCUGAAACCGGAGGGCGGUGACUGUAAACUAAGAUUUGCUCUUCAGUUUUUGGAGAAACACAAAAUAAGUUAUGAGGAAAAGCCGGUUUCUCUCCUGAGUGAUUACAUCUGUCUGCAUGCUCAAAUAUAUAGAUUUUGCCAUGUGCUUCUAUGUUAGCUUAUUUCCUGGUUCUGGCCAUUUUUUAUUCUUUAGUGUAUUUCCCAGUAGUUUUUUUCUUUGCACUUUAUGUAUAUUAAAAACAUAUUUAAAGCUUCUUGUAUACUGUAAACUCUACUAGGUGCUCUGCCAACUGGACAAAUUAGGGAACUUCAGCUACAUUAAUGCCUUAAUUGGAACUUUUAUAUAUUGAUUUAUAAUAGUCAAAAACUCAUUGAAAUUUUGACAAACCAAGAAAGAGCAGAUUACCUGCUGUUCAUUUAGGGCUUUAUGAUCAAUCAUUAUUUCAUUAUUCUGGGUUGUCUUUGUUAAUUUACAUAACAAAAUUCACCAUUUUAAAGUGUACAAUUUAGUGGCAUUUAGUAUGUUCACAGUGUUGAGCAACCAUCACCACUAUCUAGUUCCAGAACGUUUUGAUCACUCCCAAAGGAGACCACAUACCCAUUAAGCCGUCACUCCCCAUUUACUCCUCUUUUCAACCCCCUAGCUACCAUUAAUCAUAUGCUAUCUCUAUGUAUUUACCUAUUCUGGUUAUUUCAUAUAAAUGGAAUCAUAUGUGA